UCGCUUCCGGUAGUUGACUGUACUGGCAGCCGGUAGACAUGGCAGCUUUUUCAGAAAUGGGUGUGAUGGCUGAGAUCGCUCAGGCGGUGGAAGAAAUGGAUUGGCUGCUCCCCACGGAUAUUCAAGCAGAAUCUAUUCCAUUGAUCCUUGGUGGUGGGGAUGUGCUUAUGGCUGCAGAAACCGGAAGCGGGAAGACUGGGGCCUUUAGCAUCCCCGUCAUCCAGAUUGUGUAUGAGACACUCAAAGACCAGAUGGAAGGCAAAAAGGGAAAGGCUUCCGUAAAGGCUGGCAGCACAGUCUUGAAUAAAUGGCAGAUGAAUCCAUAUGAUAGAGGUUCAGCCUUUGCAAUCGGAGCUGAUGGGCUCUGCUGCCAGAGCAGAGAAAUAAAGGAAUGGCAUGGUUGCAGGUCCACUCGCGGGGUUAAUAAAGGAAAAUACUUUUAUGAAGUAUAUUGCCAUGACCAGGGUCUGUGCAGAGUUGGAUGGUCUGUAUCACAAGCUUCCUUAGAUCUUGGAACCGACAAGUUUGGUUUUGGCUUUGGGGGAACUGGAAAAAAGUCUCAUAACAAGCAGUUUGAUAGUUAUGGGGAGGAGUUCACAAUGCAUGAUGCCAUCGGCUGCUACCUAGACCUUGAUAAUAGCUGUAUAAAAUUUUCAAAGAAUGGGAAGGACCUUGGUCUGGCAUUCCAGAUCCCUCCACAUUUAAAGAACCAGGCCUUCUUCGCAUCAUGUGUUCUGAAGAAUGCUGAACUUAAAUUUAACUUUGGGGAUGAGGAGUUCAAAUUUCCACCUAAGGAUGGCUUUGUUGCCUUGACCAAAGCCCCCGACGGUCAUGUGGUGAAAUCCCAACACACUGGAAGUGCACAAGUGUCCCAAGCAAAAAAUAUACCAAACGCACCAAAAGCUCUCAUUAUCGAGCCGUCACGUGAGCUGGCGGAGCAGACGCUGAACAAUGUCAAACAGUUUAAAAAAUACGUGGAUAAUCCUAAACUGAGGGAAUUGUUGAUCAUUGGUGGCGUAGCAGCGAAGGAUCAGUUGGCCCUUCUUGAGAGUGGGGUGGAUAUAGUAGUGGGGACGCCGGGCAGACUAGAUGACCUUGUAUCAACAGGGAAACUGAUUCUGUCUCAAGUCAGGUUUCUGGUACUUGAUGAAGCUGACGGGCUUCUAUCACAAGGAUAUUCUGACUUCAUCAACAGGAUUCAUGGUCAGAUACCCCAGGUCACAUCUGAUGGAAAGAGACUGCAGGUGAUUGUAUGCUCAGCCACUCUGCAUUCCUUCGAUGUGAAGAAGCUUUCUGAGAAAAUCAUGCAUUUUCCUACCUGGGUGGAUCUGAAAGGAGAGGAUUCGGUGCCUGAAACUGUGCAUCAUGUCGUGGUCCCGGUCAACCCCAAGAAAGACAAGCAAUGGGAAAGACUUGGAAAAAAUCACAUCCGGACUGACGGAGUCCAUGAUAAAGAUAACACUAGACCUGGAGGAAAUUCUUCAGAAAUGUGGUCUGAAGCAAUAAAGAUAUUAAAAGGGGAAUACACUGUCCGUGCGAUCAAGGAACAUAAAAUGGAUCAAGCUAUCAUUUUCUGCCGAACCAAGUUAGACUGUGAUAAUAUGGAGCAGUACCUAGUACAGCAAGGUGGAGGACCUGAUAAGAAGGGACAUCAGUUUUCUUGCGUGUGCCUUCACAGCGACCGGAAACCUCACGAACGAAAGCAGAACCUGGAAAGAUUUAAGAAAGCUGAAGUUCGGUUUCUGAUCUGCACAGAUGUGGCUGCCAGAGGUAUCGAUAUUCACGGAGUGCCUUAUGUUAUUAACGUAACACUUCCAGAUGAGAAACAGAACUACGUCCAUCGCAUCGGUAGGGUGGGAAGAGCAGAAAGAAUGGGUUUGGCAAUUUCAUUUGUGGCAUCUGAAAAGGAAAAGGUUUGGUACCAUGUGUGCAGCAGCCGUGGCAAGGCAUGCAAUAAUACCAGACUGAAAGAAGAUGGCGGCUGUACCAUAUGGUACAAUGAAAUGCAGUUGCUGUCCGAAAUUGAGGAGCACUUGACAUGCACCAUAUCCCAAGUGGAGCCUGACAUCAAAGUACCUGUGGAUGAAUUUGAUGGAAAGGUGAUGUAUGGACAGAGGCGAGCUCUAGGCGGUGGACUCUAUAAAGGGCAUGUGGAUAUAUUGGCACCUACUGUACAGGAGCUGGCAUCUUUGGAAAAGGAGGCCCAGACAUCUUUCUUGCACCUUGGAUAUCUCCAGAACCAGCUGUUCCGCAGCUUCUGAAUCCUCGUGUGGCAUGAACUGUUGUAUGAGUGGAGAAAUACUCUGAUGUCCCUAAUUGCAGCCAAAUUGAAUGCUAUAUAUCCGUGAUCCAGCAAUUUGCUCACCGUGAUGUCCAUUAAAUUCAGCUGAGAUGCCAUUGUUUUGUUUGAUAUUUAGUGCAUACCAUGCUUAGAAUCUAGAUUGUACCAUCAAGGUUCUUUUUUUGUUUUGACCUAUUUUUGCUUGCGGUGGGUACAAUAAACACAUGAUUUCCUUGCAAA